GGUCACAUGUUCAGAUUGUGAUUAUAAAACUGCUCAGGUUGGCCUAAUAGAGCCCUGUGAGUAGCCCAUCCUGUAGCUCCAUGUGCUGAACCAUACUGGGUCUUGUUCCCACAGAAUGGGUCUGCUCCUACCCCUGGUGCUCUGCACCUUGGCUGCAUGCUGCACAGCUAGAUCUUUCCCCUUGCUGACCAACAGGCCCUUGUAUUUCCUCCCCCGUGCCUGCAAUGACUCAGAUGUGCUGGCUACAGCGGACUCUGCCCUGCAGGACAUCAACAAAGACCGAAAGGAUGGCUAUGUGCUAAGCCUCAACCGAGUACGUGAUGUUCGAGAACACAGACAGGGUGGUCCGGGAUCUGUGUUCUAUCUCACAUUGGAUGUGUUAGAGACUGACUGCCAUGUGCUCAGCAGGAAGGCGUGGAGGGACUGUAAAGUGAGGCUCCUUCAUGAAUCGGUUUAUGGUGAAUGCAAAGUAAUAUUUUACAUUAACUAUCCAAAAAGAGUUCUCUAUUUACCUGCUUAUAACUGUACUCUUCGCCCAGUUGCUCGCAGAAAGAUUGGCUUUAUGUGUCCUGACUGCCCGAGCCCCACUGACUUGUCAAAUCCCAGAGUUCUGAAAGCUGUCCAUGAGUCUCUUGCAAAAUUCAACAACGAGAGCACCUCGAAGCAGUAUUCUUUCGUCAAAGUCACCAGGGCUUCUAGCCAGUGGGUAGUUGGCCCCGCGAACUUUGUGGAAUAUUUAAUCAAAGAAUCACCAUGUACCAAAUCCCAGGCCAGCAGCUGUGCACUUCAGCCCCUUGACUCUGAGCCUGUUGGUCUUUGCCAAGGUUCACUGACUGAAAGUGCCUUAAAGAAGUAUGUCUCCGUGACUUGUGUCUUCUUUGAAUCACAGGCUCCCACCACUCGGGGCGAGACUUCUACUGCUAGCCAGGGACCUGAGAACUUCCCCAAGGUGGAAAAGGCCCAGGAGAAAAAUGCAGAACCCACUCUCUCACCCUCCAGAGCUGUGCCACGAGGGUCUGUCCAGUACCUUCCUGAACUGGAUGAUGAGGAGCCUGAAGAUCCCCAGGCCAAUGGGACUGCUGAGGCCUUCCCUGUGCAGCUGGAUCUAACCACGAAUCCCCAGGGAGAAACUCUCAAUGUCUCCUUCCUCUUCCUGGACCCUAUGAGUGAGAAUCCGGUUGUCCUGCCUUUCCCCAAAAAAGAACAUCACUCUGCUGCGUGUCCAGGACCGGCCCAACAGGCCAACCCGCUUGUUCUCCCACCAUGAGAACCACAUAGAGAGUUCCGUGCAGAUGCGGCACCGUGCAGGAGAUGAAAGGUAGUACAGAGGGGAGACAGAGAGACAAAGGGUUUGAACAUAGACAGUGGCUAAUAAAGUGUGUCUUUUUGACUCUU